CUCAAAAAUGUGCGUGGCUACCGUAAUGUCAACAACCCCUACGUCCUCAAUGCGGUUCUCGACAAGCUCAGACUUGAGGACAUGUACCCACCCCACACCCUCCAGCUCUUCGACGUCUUCCCCGGUAACGGGAUGUUCACCACGAUGCUCCACGAGCGGCUCCAACCAAAGCAACACGUUGUGAUGGGGAAGGCGCUUGGGUUUAAGGCGCGCUGGAAGGAGAUUGGCGAGAAAUUCGGCAUGAAAUGGGAUCUCGUGAACAAGGACCCCUACGACUGGGAGAGCUUCACCUCCACGAUUGACGAUGAAAAGGUCAUAGUCCCGGAUGUAGCCUCCCGUGACACCAUCCAUCCAACGUUUUUAAUCUCUGGGAACCUUACCAGCACCAAAAAGUCCGAGGCCUUGGUCGUCCAGUGGAUGCACUGCGUGGCCAAUCGUAACUGGCUCCAGCGCUUCGGCCGCGUGCGGAUGCUCUUGUGGGUCAAUGAGCUGACGGCGCUUAAGUUACUAGCGCCAGUUGAGACCAACCGCAGAACCCGUGCUUCGAUUUACCGUGACCAGUUUACCGAAACUAAGCUUGCCGCAAUCUCGUUUCCGCCGGUGAAGUACCCCACGUUGGGCUACUGGUCGGAGGAAGAGUUGCUCGCCUACGAUCCGAUCGUGAUGGAUAGGGAGACGGACUUGAUCCAGUCAAGCGUGGAUCCGCAGAACUUGUGUCUUUUGGAUAUCCAGCCAAAGAACCAUAACCUUGAUUUGGACUGCUUUGAGUAUGUAACGAAGCAGGUGCCGAUCCUCAAGUCGUCUCCGAUGGAGGCAGCGUUGGGGAACUUGGGACCAGGUGCAUUUGAGUAUUUCGAUAAGACUAUGCCUGCGGAGACGAUGGCGAAGCGGCCGAUUGACUUGACAAGCGAUGAAUGGGCGAAGCUUUCUGAGGUGUUUGGGAUGUGGCCGUUCAAGCCGACAUAUUUC